GCAAUGAAUGAUCCUACAACAACAACGACUUCAGAUCCUCUAGUCCCAUCCUUUAUACCAGAUGAGGAAUGGUUAGAGUUACAGUUAUACAAUGGUUAUCGUGUAUGGCACAUUAUUUUUUUCAUCAUGACCGUCUUCUUUACACUAGUGGUGUUUAUGUGCUGUUGUGUAAGAUUUCGAAUUCCUAGGACUAAACAAGAGAUAGAAGCUGAUUUUGUACGUCGUAAGAUUGCGACAAAAUUUUGCAAGCAAUUACGACUAUUGAGUGAUACCGAAAUGGACAACAUGGACCUGUUAAAAGCACUAAAACGACUUCAGUCAGAGCUUGAAAUUCCUAGCAAUGAAACAGUAGAGGAGUCUGAUGAAGUGUUAUCAUCAACCAAAACUGCCUCGCCAAGUUUAAAAAAGUCUUCAAAAUCAUCAGAUUUUGAUUCUUCUGUGGAAAAGCUAGAUGAAGAACCGGAAAAUGUACUGAGCGGUCGUCUAGCAACAUUGGUCAACGUUUUGAAUGUUAUGAAACCACGUCGUAAACAUAUAGCUGAUGACAUUACACCAAAUCUUAUAACAGUUUAAAUUAAAU